GGUUUCCGGUCCUCUCGCUUCGCCCCGCCCCUGCACGGCUCAUCCUAAGGGCGUUGCUAUGGGGACACAACGGCCACCGCCGACCUGUGGCGGCGCCGCCCGCGAGGUCAUCUCUGAGAACCUACGGGCGGCUAUGGUGGGAGACCAUGGAGCUUUCAAAAAGCGUGGUGGAUGGGACCCAGAGGCAUUUGGGGCUGGACCGUUGCCGGCAUUUCUUCUGGCUGGGUGUCGUCUUCGACACGGUGGGCGUGGCGGUGCUGUUCACCGGGGUCUUCGCUGACCUGCUCUUUUAUGACCUGCUGCUCUUCCUGGGGUCCAUCAUCAUCUUCCUCAGCCUCCUGUGGUGGGUCUUCUGGUACACGGGCAACAUGGAAAUGCCCCCUGAAGAGCACUUGGUCUUCGGCAGGCCUUUCCACAUGCACUCCUCCACUGUGGUGGAAGCUCUCCGCCAGAGAGUAAGCCACCGCUUCUCGCUCACUCUCGGUAACGUUUCCAACACGCUUUUGCAGAUCAGGAAGCUGCGCCGUCGUAGGGUCGUUCCCACGUCUCUUUCUCUGAGUAUGACUAUCUCGGGCCAGCUAGAAAAGCAGCCAGAAAAGGAGCACGAGGACACAAACACAACGGAAUGCGUUAAGGAGAACAGCGACGCUCAAGACUUUUGUAGAGAGAAUCUGGGCUCCAAACCUGAAGAUGUGGGAAAUUCAGAGGCGGUUUACUCCCCCGGCUCGGAUGCUAAUCUGCCCCGGUUUCUUACGGAAACACUUUAAAGACUGGUGAUACCUGUGUUCGCCGAAAGCCCU